AUGUCACAAACUCUCUGCAAGUACUUUCAACGCGGCGCGUGUACGAAAGGGUCGAGUUGCUUGUUUUCGCAUAAUCCCUUCACCGCGAGGGCCGCACCAACGGUGAUCUGUCCUCACUUUAUUUUAGGUAAAUGCCGAUUUGGUGAUAAGUGCGUCAACAUCCACACCGAAGGGUCUCCUUCGGCCCCCCAUACUGACCAUGGUCCAGAAUCUCCAUCGAUACGGGGUGUGUUCAGACGGGUUCUUCGGGUUCUUCGAACUGAAAUAGCCGUAGAAACGCAUGCUGAAGUAAAGUCAUCUGGGACUGAGGUUGCAGAUACUGGAUCAGACCAACCGAGUGCCUCCUCGUUCUUGCCGCCCGAAAUCGACACUGGAGAGGAUAUCUCUGGUCUGUCGCCAAGAGAUCAGCACAUUUCUGAAUCAUCCUCUUCGCAAACCCUUGCUUCUGCCUGGCCAGCUAAUGAUGAGCAUGGAGAUAAAAGCUCUAUGAAGGUCACGCCUGAGGACAUCCAUGCAGCUAACACGCUGUCUUCUCUUCCUUCUCCUUUCAACCAUUCUCAAAUGCUCUUUUCAUCCGAUGCGGUUCCUGAUGGUCCCGCAGCUUAUUCCUCUUCACAACAGCAACAGAAGCCACUUUGCGCUCUGUAUGCUCUACGAGGAUCUUGCACCACGCAGGACUGCCAUCUUCUUCAUGUCCUUACGGAUCGUCAGUAUCACCUUCUUCUAGCUAAGCCAAUUUGUCCGCCACCGCUAUGCAAUCUCUUUGCGACUGAAGGAUCUUGUCCUUAUUCAGCAUGCACACUUCGACAUGCUUUGAUACCAGAGGAAUACCAAGCUUUGAUCUUUCAACAGGAGGAUCAAGGCAUCCAAGGUCCUCCAGACUCUGACGCGAUACCAGUGGUGCCUGGACCUGCGCCCCCAGCAUGCUCCUUCUACUCGGAGGGUAAGUGUCGGAAUGGCAUGCAAUGUCCCUAUCGACACGAAGCUCCUCGUGAUAAUAAUCGUGAUAUGGGGUUUAGAAUUCUGAAUAGUGUCUGCAAGUAUUAUUCGUCCCCCGCAGGGUGCAAGUAUGGAAACACUUGCAAGUUCCCUCAUGGAGACACCCCAGCCUCUGCUGACGCAGACUGUAACCAUUCGUCAGAGAUUGGUAGUGGCGGAUGGGGUAAUGAAUAUUCGACACAGAGCGACCAGGCUGGAGACCGCGGGGAUACACCCAGUGGUCGCGCUCGAUCGUCUAGACCAUGCCGAUACCUCCAGGAUUGUCCUUAUCGCGAAAAAUGUUUGUUUAGUCAUGAUAGCGACCCCGCUGAAAGUGUCCAAGCACCCAACCUGCCGGAGGGGCGGGGAGAAACGCUGAAAGAUGAUCCUUGGAACGCGAGCUCUUGGGACCAAGCAGAUAGUAACGGAACAUGGAAUCCGUCAGAAAUAGAAACGGCACCUACGGACCAAGCCACAUCGAGCUGGGAUGAUCCAGGAGGAGGAUCGUGGGAUAAUCCAGGAGAAGGCUCAUGGGAUAAUCCAGGUGGAGGAGGAGGGUCAUGGGACGAUGCCGCAGAUGCAGUGGUCCAAGCUGAUCACCAUGAACAUGCUGAAGAUGGAGCUUUGGAUGUGGAUGUGGUCCAAGAAGGCAAUGAGAACCCUGCUUCUGUGGUGGUGGAUGAGAAUUAUGAUGUGGGCCCUCCCGUUGUCGAUCUUUUCAACUGCGUGGUGAAGUACGGGCCAGGUGCCAUUCCAAAUGCUGUCACCACGCCCUUCAAUACUUCCACACUCCUGCUUUCCAAUCUUCCUCCAGAUAUAUACGAUGACACCAUCACCGAGAUGAUCCAAUCCUAUGGUACUCCUGUCGAAAUCGGACUCGACCCCGCAGACAGGGCUGCACGGAUCAAGUUUGAGGAGUGCUGGGCUGCUGCGUUGGCUGCUCAAAGCCUCGAUGGCACCGAAUACCAAUCCAUGACAUUGACGACCACAGUCGAUCUGUCUAGUGUUCGAAUCUAUGAAUUUGCCAGAGUGAGCAGGACGGUCAAAUUGACGUGGACCACACCCUAUCGUACUGCAUGGGUUUUCUAUGACUCAAUCACGGAGGCAAAGAGUGAGGUGGACAGAUUGAACGAAUUGACGCUCCAGGGUAAAAGAGUUAAGGCGGAAUUCGACCGCCCGAAAAAGAACCAGAAGAACUCUUUUUCCGUGCAAAUACAUGGUCUUCCGAAUGAGGUUGACUCUGAUACGCUCAAAUUCUCGUUGAAAGUACGCCCGGAAUUGUCCGUCCAUAUGGGCCCGCCGUCCUUCGUUGGAGACCCCCUACAGCAUCUUCAGGAGGAGCUUAGAUGUUUCGGGCAGGUGGAUAAUGUUGACGUCAUUACUUAUGAUGGUCCGGACUCGAAGACAACGGGAUUUGCUCAUUUUGUAACGGCGUCCGCUGCAGCCAAGGCAGUGGGAGCGCUCAAUGGAAAAGAGCAUGCUUCCCUGAGUGGGUUGGGCCGCCUCGUGGUUAAACACACUCAUUUCAUUCGUCACAAAAUUGAUCGGUGUAUAUUCACGCCCAUCCAAGCUGACGUUGGAUCGUUGUGUGAUCCGUACACAACUUGUCAAAUCCUCACCCAUGACAGGGAUGAUGGCACAGUCGUUCUCCAUCUGUUUGGAACUGACCAAGAAGAAUACAUGCAGGCCAGAAAAUAUUUAGAUAUGAUAGUGUUGGGCGAGCAGCUGCUUGUCGAAGGGAAGGCCCUAUGGGAUCCUUAUUUUGAUUUGGUUAGCUGCAAAAAUCAACUUGCUCGUCUCAACAAGAAACACGGCGUGCACGUCGACCUCGAUUUUUUAAAUCGUAUUGUCCGCAUAUAUGGUCCUAGAGAACGGCGGUUGGAGGCUAGGCAGAGCGUCCUUGAUUUGUUGAGACUGGUCCAUCCCCAGCAGUUCAGUGUACCUCUUCCUCAGCAUUCCUUGCACAACCUGUUGAACGGCGGCUUGGAAAAGCUACGUGAUGUGAUUGGGCUUACGAAAGUCGAUAUGGACCUUAUCGAUAGAAGACUUAUUGUUCGUGGCUCAGAAGAGAACAGGCGACAGGCGGAGGAAAUCCUUUCGACUUUCAUAACCUUUCCGGAAGGAAAUGAAGAUUGUCUAUGCAGCCUUUGCUGUGUCCUGCCUGUCAACCGGGUCAUACUUCCUUGCGGUCACUCGUACUGCCACUCUUGCUUGCACACCCUCAUAAAAUCUGCCAUCAGACCCAUGUAUUCGAGUCUGAAGUGCGUCGCCGAAAUGCGCUCCGGUGAUGUUUCCGAUCUAAGCGUUUCCGAGUGUUUGGCUUUCAUCCCUCACCAAAUCUUCAUGCAGAUCGUCCCGGAAGAGGAACAGCACGACCUCCUAGAGUCAUUCUUCUUGGCAUAUAUUCACGAGCACCCUGACGAAUUCUUCUUCUGCCCGACGCCUCACUGCCCUUCAGUGUAUCCAACGCAAAAUUCCAUCCCGGGAGCUAUGCUUCGAUGCCAAACUUGUCGCGCCUGGAUUUGCCCGUCGUGUCGUGUUACAUUUCACGAGGGCUUGACGUGUGAACAAUACAUGGCGGUUUUAGUGCCUCACGAAUCGAAAGAAAAGCAGCAUGAACCCAAAGGGCAGGAAAGACCAGAGAGUCGUGCGUUGGUCGUCAUUAGCUAG